UACAGGGGCUGAACAUGCUGAUUGUCAGCAAAGUCAAUAGGCUGUGCUGCCUAGCAACCAAGUUAAACAAGGUGCAGAAGGAAAACUCGGCUGUAAACAGGAGCUGAAUAAGUGUCAGGCAGCAUUUUCACUUCUGGAGUCUUCUCUGCCUCCUUCUCCACACACUGGGAGUCUUAAUCUAUCCGGGGGUGACCGUUCUCUCAGCUCCUGAUAUCUGGGCUCCACACCCAUUCCUUGCUCAAGACAUAAAGCUAUUAUUCAAGGAGAGAGGGAUGGAAAGAGCUCGGACAAUAGGAAACAGCUCUUGGCAGAGAGGAUCAGAUUGCUGAGAAAGACAUUGCCAAUCUACACAACCAGUGUCCAUGAUAUAAUCAAACAACAAAGAAACAACUUGGGUCUACGGUUCCAUGAUACUCGGAACAGGUCGUCUGCUCUGACGCAGGGUCCCCUUCACAGGAGGCAACCAUUCAAGCUGUGUGUCACUGCUGCUUCUCGAAUCGCAUUUCCAACUCUGCGACUGCAGAUUAAAAACUGAAGAUGCCAAAAAAGAAAGGUGCGCAGGGGAAAAAAAUUACUCUGAAAAUGGCAAAAAAAUCCAUGAAGAUCACCGUGGAUGGAAAACGGCGCUUGGACCUCAGCAACAUGGGCAUUGCCACCUUCCCCAAGUGCAUCCUGAAACUGACCGACAUUGAAGAAAUCGACCUCAGCAGAAACAUGAUCAAAAAAAUUCCAGACUACAUCAAUAAAUUUCCAAGGCUGCGGUACCUUGAUUUUCACACAAAUAAGAUAGAGAGAAUACCGGAAAAUAUCGGCCAGUUGGAAUUACUUUACUACCUAGACCUGUCCAAUAACAAGCUCACCACUGAUGGCUUGCCUUUAGAGCUCACUCAGUUAAAAAAUCUACGAGUCCUGAACCUUGGGCUGAACUCGGUGGAAAUGAUUCCGACCACCAUUGGCACGCUGAAAGAACUAAAGGAGUUAGGGCUGUUCGACAACCAGAUCACCUACAUGCCGGAGAAAAUCACCAAGCUGCCAAAACUGAAGAAGCUGAACGUGAUGCGCAAUCCCUUCACCACACCACAGGUACCUGAAGAGCCGAUAGACCCUAUUGAUCGGAUUGGGGAUAUUUACCUGGCCAGGAAAAACAUGAUAUGUCGCCCCUGCCUUAAGAAGCUACAGCGAGAGAGGGACAAAUGGAACAAGCUGAAACAGCUUACCGAGCUGGAGGAGGAGCCUGACUUCAGUGGUCUCAUUACACCCAACUCUGUCGCCAAACAAAAUGAGGUCUUGUGGAGAAUUACUGAAUAAGUCUGUAAGGUGAAUAAAUCUCUGCGACUAGGCUAAAAAUGACUCAGCAGCAAUAAAACCAAUUAUCUGAGAACCCUAGAUUUCAAUCCACUCAGUACUUCUAUUGAGCUUUGUGUUGUCCCCUAAGCAAAAAGGUUUGUCCUCGGUAAGUGACCCUGGCAGCCUUGAAAGACCUUGAUGCAUUGGAAAUUCUCCCUGCCAACAUAGCUUCUUGGUCUCCGUGUGGCCUGGUCCUCAAACACCAUUGUGCUUGGCUCACAAGGUUUGACACUGACAACAAUCUCACUGCUGGAGGAAACCAUGGCAAGAUGAAAUAGGUUUGAAGUGUUUCAAGGGGAAGUUAGGACCGGGCGCUUGCGUCCUGCAGCAAGGUGUUUUAAUGCUGUUGCUCUGUGACAUCUUGAUAUCAAGUCAAUGAGCUUUCUGGACAGAUGCUCAUUACAGGGUUUCAGAAUUCCCAUGAAAACCAUGUCCAUGCAGUCACUGAAGACAGUGAAAAUCUCUGCACACUGUGGGCAACCUGUGUAGUGACGAGUGCCUUACCUGCUGUGGGCGCGGUUUGGCAUUCACCUAAUCAGAGCACAGGUUCCAUGCUCAGUGAAAUCUGUCAAUACAAUAGCUCGUUUUGCAUACAUCCAUUCCUCACAAUCAACCAUCACAAAAUGGCCUUCUCUGAUGACACCGGGCAACAUGUGGGGAUGCUUUUGUCUAUCUCGUCAAGCACAAUGCAUCCUCAGCAAUGGACACCACACCCUUAAUAGAUAAGACACUAACCACACAGGCUUUUAUCUUGGAACUGAUGAGCUUGUGUAAUAGCAAUGAAUAACAUCAUUCUAAAGGGAUUUGGGACAGCAGUAGUUAAUUAACAGUAUCUCUCUGUCUUUACGUGGAUCUAUUAUAGUAAGCAAUCUGAUUAUGAGUUCUAGUUCUGUGUAUAAAUGGUUGCAUAAUUCUGAUUAUAAGUAUUAAUGUUCAGUGAAAGACAUUUGCUCCAAAUUAGGAGUUUGUUUAGAUGCUGUCAGUAAAGGUCACUAACAACUCCAAUUUUAUCGCUAUGGAAAUGUAAAGUAACACAUACAAAAUGCUGGUGGAACCAAGUAGGUUAGGCAGCAUCUAUGGAAAAGAAUACAGUCUAAAUUUCAGGCCGAGACCCUUCAUCAGGACACUCGGCCCAAAAUGUCGACUGUUUAUUCCUCUCCAUAGAUGUCGCCUGAUUUGCUGAGUUCCUUUAUUAUUUUGUGUGUGUUGCUCUGGAUUUCCAGCAUCUGCAAAAUCUCUUGUGUAUUUACCGUAAGAUUGUAAAGGUAUCUCUAAGAUUUUUUCUCUAAUAAUGCUAUUUAUUAAGAAUAUUUCUGAAAAGUGCCUUAACACAUCACAAGCAAACAUUCAGCAAUGUUCAUGUUGUUACAGGGUGUUCGGAGGAAAACUUUUUACAUUCCAUGCUCAUAUUUCAAAUGUUUCAUCUCAGUGACUAAUCAUUUGAAGUCAACAGAUUGAUUGCGACAAAUGGAAUUAUCUGAAAGAUGACAGCAGUUUAUAAAAUAUAAGGUUUAAAUUAUUAAAUUACAUUAAGCAAUGGCUGUACAAAAAAAAAAUCAUUAACAAUGUAAAGGUUGAGCUCAUAGAGAAUGGACCACAAGCUUGUCACUUUAAUUUUUGAGUUUAAAUGAGGAAGCGCCCUGUGAGGUACACCAAGGAGUUCUAAAGCUAGUUAGUUAAAUCAUCAAAGAUUGUGAAUAUUAUUAUUUGAAACAUUCACUACUUUGGCAAUACGAAGAAAUAAACUGUACAAGUGUGAAGCUGUGAAUAUUUGCUUUAGUUUUAUUUCUAAAUGUUUGCAGGAUUGAAAUUUGAGAAGUUCAGAGAUUAGAUCCUGACUGCUGGUGGAGAGACCAUGGAAGUGAGUCAGAAAUCAGGCUUACUUUGAACUCUACACAGACCCAUUAUUGGCAUCACGAGUCAGGACAUGUAGGACCUGUGUCUAUGAUCCCCUGGACAUUCAGUGGUAUAUCUAUGUGCCUGUUGAGGAUUCCCAGGAAAGUGAAAUGACUCUGUCAUGAGAUGACUAUUGGUUUUGAAGGAAAGGAAUUCAAAGUUCCUUCUCAUUACAGGAGAAUCUUUGAUGUAAAAGCCUUUAAGACUUCUGACCAAGUGCCAACUGAGGUUACUGCCUUGUUAUAAGGCAAGAGUACAGCUUAAGGACUUUGAUACCCAUACAGCAAAUUAUUUUCCUGGAAGAUUGAGUGGAUCAUAAAGUACAUUCAAGACCACAAUACAAUCAAUGAUGCUAAGAUAGAAGGGUUAUUAAAAUUAGUACCCAGACUGAGGGUUUGAAUCUAUUUGGAUGGCACUGCAAUUUCAGAGAUCUAGAUUUGACUCUGACCUCUGGAACGGCUACGUUUCAGGCUGAGACCCUUUAUCAGGACUGGUGAUUAGCAGACCUGAUGAAACGUCUUGGCCUGAAACAUCGACUGUUGAUUGCUUUCCACAGAUGUUGCCUGACCUGCUGAGUUCCUCCAGUAUUUGUGUGUGUUGAUUUGGAUUUCCAGCAUCUGCAGAAUCUCGUGUCUCUGGUACUGUCUCCAUGCUUUGCGUGUGUUUCCUCCGAGUGCUCUGGUUUCCUCCCACAUUCCAAAGAUGUGUGGGUUAAGGUUUGUAAGUUGUGGACAUACUUUGUUUUGCACCAGAAGCAUGCUGACCACUUGUGGGCUUUGGACUUUGUUGGUCUUUGAGGCAAACGACGCAUUUCACUGUAAGUUUCAAUGUACGUGUGACAAAUCAAGCUAAUUUUAUCAUUGCAAAGACUUGCAGGAAGGUAGGGAAUUAGAAAUUACCUCUGUAAAUUUUCCUUAAUGUGUGGCAGUGUGGUUGAAUCUGGGAGGAGUUAGUGAAAAUAAAAGAAGCAAGAUUGAUGGAGGAUCUGUGAUAAUGAGUAGGUGAUGGCUGGUGCAAACACGAUAGGCUGAAAGGGCUUUUUCUGUAUUGCAUAUGUCUGUGACUCCAUAAAUGGAAGACUGCUGGAGGAGUUUGGCUUCUGAUCAGUUUCAAACAACUUUCACAUAUACUUUGUUUUAACACAAUAACAUUGGAGCAGUGGUCUACAGAAAGAUCGGUUUGACCAAUAGACUAGGCAUCCUGCUUGGUAGAGAGCACACCAGAAUGAGAAGCACUCAGGCGGCAAUCAGGAAGUGUCAACAGCAUAAACUCACCCUAGGUUCCUCAUGGAAUCAGGAUUUCCUUUCUUCAAGGAUGGUAUCGUAGUGCAGAAUCUGCAGAGAAAAGUGAAGACCAAUCAGAAACUCAGUACAAAAUCACCAUUCAACAGAAGAAUCAUUUUAUUCAUAUACUUACUUUUUUAAGAUGUUUUUCUUAUCAUUUUUAUGGCAAACGAGGAACUUUGUAAAUCCACUCUUUAAAAAGAUUUCAAGUGCAAUAUCCUAAAGGUAAAGAAUAAAAAAAAAUGUUAAAGGGUCCUAGAUUCAAUAUUGUAAUUACUCAAACAGUCCAUAUAAAGUGGAAUGAUAUGAGGUAACAUGACCAUACAAAUUCAAUUUAUAGUUGGAUUGAGUCUUUCCUAUUUAGUAGGUCUGCUCCUUUGAUCCUCUGAACCUUUUCUAUGAUCUUUCCAACUCAUGUUCUCAGUAUGACCUUCUUUUGCACAUUGGUUGUUUAUCAACCUUUGAUUAUGUCUAGAUUUCCAUGGAUUUUAUUGUAUUUAUUUUCCUGUAAAUGCCCGCAGGAAAAUAAAUCUCAAGGUAGUAUAUGGUAACAUAUACAUACAUUGAUAAUAAAUUCACUUUGAACUUUGGUGAUUAUCUCCAGGACAAUUUCUCCUCAUCACCAUCACUGAUCAGCCCUGUGAAUCUCCUUUGGCCUAUUAACAUAGAUCUAGUGACCUAUCAGACCACAAGCUCUGGUCUCCAGCCCCACAAUACCCACCAGUGUGAUUUCCCCCUUCCCCAGAUACCGUGCAGACUCAAUCAGGUCAUCAGCGACCUUGAACCUGAUCUCUGAAGAGAGGGUUGGGGAUGCACCCAUCUGGAUCGAAGUGGACACUCUAUACUGCUUCAGGGAGGUGAGUUAAAGUUCAGGAAGUACAAUCAUCCUGAUGAAGAGUCUUUGGCCCAAAAGGUCAACUACUUAUUCCUCUCCACAGAUGCUGCCUGACCGGCUGAAUUUCUCCAGCAUUUUUUGUGUAUGUUACUCUGGGGUAGAGUUAUGUGGGGACAGGAGAAAUCUCCAACAAUUCUAAACAAAAUGUGCUUGAAUUUAUGAAGUACGUAAUGACAAAACAAGUUAGGGAUUAAUUUUAAUUCAAACUGUGAAAGGACAUAGCCUCUUACUUUAUCCCCUCCCCACCUACCCAUUUCCCCCUCACCUGGCCUCACCUAUCACCACAUCCUUGUCCCCCCCCCCACCUUUUUACUCUGGCUUCUACCUAUUUCCUUCCCAGUCCCAAUGAAGGGUCUCAACUCAGUGACAGCUGUUUGCUCCCUUACACAGAUGUCGCCUUGCCCACUGAGUUCCUCCAGCACUUUGUGUGUUUUGCUCUGGAUUUCCAGCAUUUGCAACACCUCGUGUGUGAUUGUGAAAUUGUAUUUUUGAAGCUCUUAUGGUUGAGUUAAUGAACCUUUAUGCAUAAAAUGCCUAUUACUAUACUAUUAGUUACAGUUUGGAAGAAAUCUUUUGGCUCUUCAUUCAUUGUGUAUUUGUUCAGUAUAUGGAAUUAGCAUUGUCAGAAGUUUGUACAGAUUGAGUGCAAACCUUCACAAACAAAAUGCUGGAGGAACUCAGCAGGUCCGGCAGCAAUAUGGAAGAGUACAGUUGACAUUUCAGGCUGAGACCCUUCAUCAGGGCUGGUGAAAAAAAGAUGAGAAGUCAGAUUUAGAAGGUGGGGGGAAGGGAGGAAGAAAUACAAGGUGAUAGGUGAAACCACAAGGGGGAGAGGGGUGAAGUAAAGAGCUGGGAAGUUGAUUGGUGGAAGAGAUACAGGCCUGGAGAAGGGGGAAUCUGACAGGAGAGGACAGAAGGUCAUGAAAGAAAGAAAAGGGAGAGGAGCACCAGAGGGAGGUGAUAAGGUGAGAGAGAAAAAUGGGACUGGGGAAUGGUGAAGGAGGGGGGGUGGCAUUACCAGAAGUUCGAGAAAUCGAUGUUCAUGCCAUCAGGUUGGAGGCUACUCAGACGGAAUACAAGGUGUUGCUCCUGCAACCUGAGUGCAAAGCUUGUUUGAGUUUUAUUUAAUAGAGCAGUGAGACUUCUUUUGUGAUCACUGUCAUCUGUGUUGUUGACUGACCAGAUUAGUUUU